UGCCAGCUGAUUUUGCGAAAUAUUUCAUUUUUAUCUUGAGUAGCUUGUAGCCAGCUUGCAUUUGUGCUUUUGAAAUUCUGAAAACCUGAAAUGACAAAAUCUUCUCGGUUGUUACUUGUGUAAAUCAAGGGUUGCAACCAUAAUUCUUGAAUUUUCGAAAUCAGACAUGCUCGCAUUCCUUUCACAAAAGGUAAAUUCUACGGACACCCAUCAGUACACGGCCGUAUCAUGGAACAAGGACACCGAUAUGUUCAUUGCUGGCCGCUCGGACGGGAUGGUCAUCAUGCGUCAGCUGGACGCAAAAACAAGAGCUGCGAAAGCCGCUGCCAAGGGCGCUAACGGCGACGCUGGAAAGGCCGGAGAGCAGAAUCUGUUCAAUCACCAAGCGCCUAUCCGGAGUAUUGCCUGGAACCCUCGGCACAACAUCGUCGCGACGGGUGACAGUGAGGGAAUCACGACAGUAUGGAAGCUGGAUCCCAAAACAGGUUUAUGGUCGAAUUACAUGGCAACAAGAGCGGUGCAGAGAGCCGUGCUGGCGAUGCAGUGGACUAAGGAAGGUGAUCGCAUUUGCAUCGUAUACGAAACCGGUACGGUGAUGGUUGGCAAAAUCGAUGGAGUCAAGUUGUGGUCAGUCGAGCAGAAGCUAGCCAGAGUACCAGCUUGGUCUACAGACGGAGAAAUUGUUCUUGUUGGGACUUCAUUGGGACAGAUAUUCAUCUACGAUAAAGCAGCGAACAAUAUCGGACUGGUCACUUUAACAUCCAAGCCCGAGGAAAAGCCAAGUGAACAGCCCCUUGUCGACAUCAAAUGGUACUACCCCAAUGAUGGGAUCACCACGUAUCAUCCCGUGUUGGCUAUUGCAUUUGAAGACGGAAAAUUGUACUUGCUACAAGGCGAAGAAGAUCAUCACCCAAUCUGGGUGAACGUCCCCAUGAACGUUGUAUGUGUGGAAUGGAGCGCAGAUGGGAAGAGUUUGGCCAUUGCGGGUCGUACGCGGAAGACAGUGGCCGCGCCGGAAGAAAGUGCCCAACUGAUGGUGUACUCGCUAUAUGGAAAACCGGAAUACUCUAUGCGUUUUCGCAGUAAAAACCUUUCCAGUAUAUCGUGGGAUUCCAGCGGUCAGCGAUUGGCGGUGGUGCUCGAUGGAACGCUAAAUUUUGUCGUUAUAAAGCGCCCGAUUAAGUUUUGCGUAUUUGAAAACACGCUUGUUUACUCCUGCGCGAAGGAUGAGGCACAAGAUGCACUUCUGGUGAUGUAUAGUCUGAAAAAUGAGAAACGUGUUACCGUGAAGCACUACACAAACCAAAGAGUGUUAUGUCUGUGUGGCGGCAACGACUUUUGUGUUAUCGCUACAAGGGUCACGGCGGAAGUCAACCAGCUUCAGUUUAAUUUGUAUGUGUUAAAUGAUUCCGGGGCCACAAUCAAUAUUUCUUUCACGAAUAUUGAACCAAUAUUCAUCACCGCCAGUGACAGUCAGAUUUUCGUCGCCAGCCGGGAAGUCGUCUUUGUAUGGAGCUUCCGUUUAAGCGGUAUGGAAUCCGUGUCGAAUAAAUGGGACAUUAGUGAGAGGUAUUUUCACGUGGACGACGCUCACGGUUUCAUUGAUUUGAAACAAAAGCGGCAAAGGUUAUACGAGGUAUCAGUGGAUCCAGUUUGCGCAAUCACGGCAUCCAAAAGUGUUCUUAUUGUGGCAAGGGAAUCCGGCACGUUAGUUCGCUAUAGUCUACCACAAAUGAUCUGGGAACGGGAAUACCCUGCCAUACUACCGGCAGCGCGGAAACUGGGUCUCAAUAAAACUUCGAGUCGUUUGCUUCUGAUGAAUCACGAAGGCCAAUGUGUUAUGUAUGCUCUGGAGGAAAUCUUCUUUUCCAAGGAUGCUCAGCCCGUGAAAGACGUGAAAAUCAAUCUUGAAAAGAGAGAUAUUUGGGAUUUUAUGUGGGCGGAAGAUGAUCCGGAAAUGUUUGUGGUUAAUCACAAAACGCGAUCUCUCGUCUACCGGAAUCGUGAUGCAGAGGAGCCAAUUUCCAACGAAGGAUAUUUAUGCAAGUUCAAAGAUUUGGAGAUCAAAGUGGGAUUCCUCGACGACAUAAUCCGGCAGGCUGUUCCCACGGACCCGCCCGCCAACUGUAUCCGCACUCUGCGCACCAAAGCUCUGCGCGAAACCUACCAACUGAUGGACUCCGGCUCGCUGACCGAGGCACAACAUUUUGUCGAAAUGCAUUCCCAUCCCAUCCUGUGGAAUCUGCUGGCUAAUCGCGCUCUGCAGCGUCUGGAUCUGGAUGUCGCAGAGCUAUGCUAUAUCCGCGGGGCCCACUACGCGGGGAUUCAGUUUGUUGGUAAACUCCGGAAAUUGAAAUCCGAUCAUCUGCGCAAGGCGGAUGUGGCGGCGUAUUUUGGGGACCAUUACCGGGCUGAGCAGGAGUACAAUGAUGCUAACCGGGCCGAUCUGGCGGCGGAUCUGCGAAGAAUUUCCGGUGACUGGUUUCGCUUGAAGGAAAUGGCGGUGGAUAGUGAGAAUGAUACGCUCCUCAAGGAGUCCUAUAUCGGUUUAGGAAAUUAUUAUUAUGAUCGCCAGGCUUGGCCUGAAGCCAUAAAAAACUACGAAGCAGCCCGCGAUUACGCUGCUUUAUACAAGUGUUACAUGUUGAACGGUGACACUCAGAAACUGGAAGAGCUGGCGGACAUCCUCCCCACCGGACAUCCGCUCUUAGUACAAAUUGGUCGCCUGUUAGGCUCUUACGGUGAUUCCGUGGCAGCCGCUCGUAUCCUGCGCAAAGCGGAACAAAUCGACAUGGCCGUAGAAGUGUGUACCAACUGCUACAAUUUCCAGACGGCUGCCGAACUAGCACGCACCUACGACCUAGAAAAGUACACACCGGCUACCGUUACAAAACUAAUGAACCAAGCCAUCCAGGAUCAGGUAGCAGGUCAAGGGGAUCAGACUUCGCUGUGGAGUGCUGCCAGUCUCUACUAUAAUUCCAGCCUCUACCUGGAGGCGGCCAAGUGCCUGUACCAGAUUCUGGAUCAGGAGAUACACAAAAAAGAAUCCGAUUAUCUUAGAUUGAAAAAAUUAGGCGUACUGGCUGCGAUCGCUGUGGAAGAAUAUCGAAAAAGUAACAACCAGCUUUUAGCGGGCAAGCUGUUGCAGGAAGAAACAAAAAGCGCCGACUAUCCAUUUCUGGAUAAUCCGUGGAGAAUUGCGGAAGCCUAUAAUGUGAUGUUAGUGGCGCUCUUUUCAAAAGAGGCUGACUAUGGGAAAGCCCUGCGAGCCGCCGGAACACUGUGCUCCUAUACGGACAUAAUAGAUCCGGUGCACGUGUACUCGAUGAUUGCGUUAAGUGCCACAAGUUUGAAGCGGUGGGAUGUUGCUAAUGAAGCUAUUCUGCGGAUUGCCAACAUGCCGAGCGUUGACGCGAGCAUCGUCAAAGAAAUGGAGGAAUUUGCCGAUGAUUUAUUCGCCAAGCACAGCCCCAAGGAUGUCGACCUGGAUGAUCCGCUGCCCAGUCCAUUGUGCCUGAACUGCGGUGAGCGGCUGCCGGUGUGGGAUGUCAAAUGCACGGCCUGCCAGACCAAAUAUCCCAUCUGCAUGGCCACCGGCAGUCCCAUUACCGAAGCGGAAGUGUGGCAGUGCGAAGUCUGCCAUCAUCAUAGUGCCGCAUCCGCUGCCCUCAACCGGACUGUCUGUGCGCUGUGUCAUACCGCGCGGUAAAGCCAGUUGAUUACUGUUACACGAUGCAUUAAUGCGUGUCAGUUUCCCGGUUUGUUUUCAAAUCCCUUGUAUCGGUUAGAAUCGUUGUUGAUGGAUUUUGUGUUCCUUAGAUCUCAUAUUAUCUAUUGCGCUGCAUGCUUGAA